AUGAUUCAAAUUCUUCCUAAUGAGUUACAAAUUGAAAUUUUAACAUAUGUUGUUACAGAAACAAACUUUCAGAAAUUUUGCACUUUACGAACUGUUUGCAAAAAGUGGAAUAUAUUCAUUCCCUUGGUGAUGCACAAAGCGGUUAUUUCUAGAUUAAAUGCUGAUUUAAAACUUGAGUUAACGUAUUGGAAUGAUAUUAAAUGGAAUAAAAAAUUAUCUCCAACUUAUGAUGAUUAUACUAAGACAUUCACAUUUAUAUUGGAUGAUAUUGACGAUGAUACUAGUGAUUCGUAUGAUGACAUUAGUAAAAUUCUCAGUGAUCACAAUAUCAGUUUUAUGGCGUCGAUAGAAAAGUGUGAAGAUGUACCAAAUCCGAUUAAACUUGGAACAGAAUUGGGAGAUUUAACAUGGUUAGAAUUUUUAAAUGAUGAUAUUUGUAAACAUGAAUUCGAUCAUCGAAGUAACAUAUGUUUCAAACGGGAGAUUAAAGUUAAUGAAGAUUGUCUUAAGUCUGAUACACAAAUUUUAUUUUUGAGAAAAGGAUUUAGAUAUUUAGAUUGGUGGGAUGAAUUUGUUUAUAAAUGGAAUCGAAAAAUCUUAUUUUGGCAGUUGCAAGCAUAA